UUUAUUCGUUAGUAAUUUAUUAUCACUCAACUUGGCAUUGGAAUAGUCAUAGUUCUAACAACCAUGCACUUACUUAUUAUAAUAUAUUCUUUAACGGUUUUAAUAGUUAAUGCGUAUUUUGAUUUAGGGGAUAUACCAAUGCAAAAUCCUGAUUUGUUUCAAGGUGAUAUUAUACUUUUUGAUGACGACGACGAAAGAAAUGCUGUUGUGGGCAAAAACAGAGUAUGGCCUAAUGGAAUUAUUCCAUAUACAAUUGAUGCUGCUUUGGAAAGUGCAAGGAGUAGAAUUGAAGCAGUGAUGAAAGAUUACGAGGAGCUUACCAGUGGUUGUAUAAAGUUUAGACCUAAGGAAGAUCAAAAUGCAUACGUCAGAGUAUUUAAAGGAGUAGGGUGUUAUUCCCACAUUGGUAAGACAUUAGGAUCACAACCUCUUUCUUUAGGACCAGGCUGUCUUUCGUACGGGCACAUAGCUCACGAAUUAGGACAUUCUAUAGGGUUUGAACACGAACACAGUCGAUCAGAUAGAGACGAUCAUAUAACAAUAUUCUGGGAAAAUAUUCAAAAAGGUAUGGAAGAUCAAUUCAAGAAACUCAGCCCUUCGAAGAACCUUUUAUUUAACGAAUUCGAUUACGAUUCUAUCAUGUUGUAUGGCGAAUACAUAUUUUCGAUAGAUCACUCUGAAAAGAAGACGAUGGUUGCCAAGAAAGAAGGAGUUCGAUUGAAAGACGUUAAAGAGAAAACAAUUAGUAAAAGCGACGUUUAUCGUAUUAGAAAAUUGUAUAAAUGCGAAUAAUAACGUUCAUUUUAUUAAUAAAAAUUUGUUUUGUGACAAUAAAAA